AUGCAAGCGUUACGGAAAGGGAUUUCAUUGAUUCGACUGCGCGAAAUGUCAACAAGCUGUGUUGCUCAAAAAUUAAGUGGUGAUAACUAUCAAUAUGUUCACAAAAGCGAUAUUCCAACUUAUCAUUUCCAACGAAGUCUUCGACGAUUACCAAUUCCAAAACUUUCAGAUUCGUGUCGCAGACUCACCGAAUCUGCAGAAGCCAUACUACCAAAGGGAGAAUUAGAGUUGCUGAAAGAGUUGGUAAAAGAUUUUGCAGCACAUGAUGGUCCUGAAUUACAAAGAGAGCUCAUAUUACAUGAUAAACGGAAUCUGCAUACAAGCUUCAUAUCAGAACCGUGGUUUGACAUGUACCUUAGCGAUCGCCUUCCAUGUCCCAUUAAUUAUAAUCCAUUCAUGGUUUAUGCUCCAGAUCCAGAUCCAGUUUAUAAUGACCAGCUUACUCGCGCAACAAAUCUAAUUAUUUCGUACGGUCGUAUUAAGCGUGCGCUAGAUGCAGAAUGUUUAGCGCCUGAAAUAUACUACAUGAAUCCCAAGACUGCCACUUCAACACCAUUCAGAUGGGUUUGCAAAAACUUGCCAGAAAAUUUACGAUGGUACGGUGCAGCUGCUUUUGGUGCAUUUCCGUUGGACAUGAGCCAGUACAAAUCACUUUUUGGCGGUACACGUAUUCCACAAAAAGAGAAGGAUUGGCUUAUGCGUUGUGCUGAUUCUAAACAUUUUAUUGUCUUACACAGAGGAAGAAUUUAUUCCGUUGAUUUGUUUGACAAAAACGGUUCAAUUGUUCCUGCAGAACAAGUUCAGGCUUGCCUGUCCAUCAUAUUAUCCGAACAGAGCAACCUAAAAUCGGAAGAAUGCGUAGGAUCUUUAACUUCACUUGAACGCGACCAGUGGGCAAAAGCUCGUUCUGAGUUGUCUUCAAUUGGCAAUAAUUCGGCAAGUUUGGCGCUAAUUGACAAUAGUUUGUUUGCCCUUUGCCUGGAUCCACCGAGAAGUGAUAAUUUAGAUCAACUGGCUGAGAGCUUACUAAGUGGUGGUGACGCUAGGAACAGAUGGUUCGACAAAUGCUUCCAAUUAAUAGUUGAUGCACAAGGUACAGCUGCGAUAAAUUUUGAACAUAGCUGGGGUGAUGGUGUUGCUGUACUUCGUUUAAUGGAAGAAUCAUUCCGUGAUGCGAAACAAAAUCAUUUUGUACAUCCCAAAGAAACCUUCAAUGCCACAGCAUAUUUAGGAAGUCAUUUACGACCAAUUGACUUCAUAUUGACUGAUUCAGUACGUCAAAAGAUUCAGGAAGCUCAAGCAAAACAUGUUGCGACAGGGUCCAGAAUAUGUUACAGUUCUGCAGAAUAUUUUGAUCUAAACCGACAAACUAUCAAACGAUCAAAGCUUUCACCGGACUCUGUUAUACAAUUAGCAAUCCAGCUGACUUUUUAUAAGCUCUUUAAGGAAUUCGUUCCAUCUUACGAAUCUUGCAGUACUGCAGCUUUUCUAAAGGGACGAACAGAAUGUGUACGUUCAGCAACAUCUGCUACGACUAAUACAGUUCUAGCGAUUGAAAGUAACAAAGGUAAUAUUGGAGAACUUCUGAAGAAAUGUUCUGCAGUGCAUUCACAACUAGUGAAAGAAGCUGCAACAGGGCAAGGUUUUGAUCGUCAUUUAAUGGGUUUACGCUGUACCGCUGAACGACUUGGUUGGUUGCAGCCAAAAUUAUUCAGUAGUGAUAUAUACAAAUAUAUGAAUCGUUUCAUCCUGUCAACAUCAACUCUCUCCACAGAAACUAUCACAAUUGGUGGAUUUGGGCCGGUUGUUCCUGAUGGUUUUGGUAUCGGUUACAAUGUACUUAACAGUAAAAUGGGUGCUCUUAUUUCAUCUUAUAAGGAUCAACGUAGUGCAGAUGCAUUUGCAGAUUCACUUGUGGAAAGUUUGGAUAUUUUGAAAAAUAUAAUCAUUAAGCAAUAA